AUGCUUGUGCGGAUCGUAGUGGGGCUCUUCGUCCUCAAAGCGGUGGUGGCCGGCCCCAGAUUUGCCCGACAAGUGGAUUUAGACACGUACGACAGUGCCAAUUAUGAUGUGGAUCUAGAAAACAUAAAUCUGGAGAACCAGGAUAUCUAUGACUAUGAAGAUGGGCUGACAAUUGAUGACCCUCAGAUAGAGAUUGGAACACUGGCCCCACCUGAGUACAACUAUCCUGUGCCUGAGGCCUCACUGGAGGAAGAAGAGGAAGAGGAGGAGGGAGAGCUGCCACUAAAGCCGCAGCUCAUCCCUCAAGGUUCAGGGGGAUCAGGGAUCCUCAUGGGCCCAAACACACAGAAAGAGGAGGAGCUGCGUCUGAUGCCCAUUGACAUCCUUCAUAUCUCCGGGGAUUUUGGGAGCUCUGUGGGGUCUGGGGCCUCUGGAGCUUCUGGGGCCUCUGGGUCUGGAGGCUCAGGAGACCUGCUGGCCUCUGGUGCCUCUGGGGUAUCUGGUGACCUUCACAUUGGCUCUGGAGGUUCUGGGGACCUCCUUAGCUCUGGGGGGUCCGGAGAUCUCUUGGAAUCUGGGGAUUUCCUAGGAUCCGGGGAUCUCCUGGGGUCUGGGAUUUCCGGAGCCUCUGGGGACCUUGGUUCUGGAGAUUCUGGGGUUUCUGGGGACCUCCUCCUUGGCUCUGGAGGCUCUGGGGACCUCCUUAGUUCUGGGUUCUCUGGGGACAUCCUAGUCCCAGGGGUUUCUGGAAGCUCUGGGGUUUCUGGGGAAUCCGGUGAGUCCGGGGACCCAGGGAUAACGUUAAUAUCUGGAGGGGAGGAGCUACCCCUCAUUCCUGACACUAUCCCCCAGGAGGUAUCAGGAGUCUCUGGGGAUUCAGGAGUCUCUGGAGAAUCUGGGGCUUCUGGGGAUUCUGGCUCUGUAGAACCUGAUGAGCCAGAGGUCAUACUGAUCCCUGACAUUGAUGAAGAGGAGAAGCUGCUUCCCACUACUAUACCGACAACCCCUCAGGAAGGUGCAGGGAGUACAGAGGGGUCAGUGGACUCUGGUUUGCCAGAGCCCGAUGAGCCCGAUGAGCCUGAAGUUGACAGGCGAGGUAUGCCCACUUGCCUGCUGUGCACGUGUCUCGGUACCUCUGUCUACUGUGAUGACUUGAAGCUAGAUAGCGUGCCACCUCUGCCUAAAGAGACCACUCACUUCUAUGCACGCUACAACAGAAUCACCAAGAUCAACAAGUCUGACUUUGCCUCCAUGAACAAGCUGAAGAGGAUCGAUGUGACAGCCAAUGAGAUCUCGUCCAUUGAUGAAAAUGCAUUCUUGGGCUUGCCUGCGUUGGAGGAGCUGGUGUUACGAGAGAAUCACAUCUCUCGGCUGCCUGCUCUGCCGGUCACCAUGACUCUGAUUGAUGCCAGCCACAACAACAUCGGCUCCAGGGGUAUCCACAAAGAAGCAUUUAAAGAUAUGGCUGGCCUGCUGUACUUGUACUUAACAGACAAUCACAUUGACUAUAUCCCAUUGCCUCUACCAGACAGCCUGCGAUCUCUGCACCUACAGCGCAACAACAUUCAGAUGAUGCACGAGGACACGUUCUGCAACCUGAAAGAUUUCAAUUACAUCAGGAACGCACUGGAGGAUAUCCGCUUGGAUGGCAACCCCAUCAACCUCAGCAGAACCCCACAGGCUUACAUCUGCCUGCCCCGUAUACCCAUUGGAGAUCUCAUCUGA